CACAGCCACGUAAUGUUUAUGAUCGACUCAAAGAACCCAGAAUAUUUCUAAUAAUCAGAAGGAUUAGUUUGGAUAUAUAAUCUAGUUAGCCUAGCUUGUUAACUUGUGCCUGUGGAGUGUAAACAUGGUGGUGGCAACUGUUUUCCUGCUGCAGCUACUGUUUCUGCCCCAGCUACACUGCUGGCAUGAUGGAGCAGUGUUACUGCGAGAGGUUCAAGCCAUUACUCUUUACCGGGAUCGAUACACCACUGCACGACGUACCAGUCCUGUUCCCCAGCUGCAAUGUGUUGGAGGAUCAGCUGGCUGUUCCGCCUUUGUUCCUGAAGUAGUUCAGUGUCAGAACAAAGGCUGGGAUGGCGUUGAUGUACAGUGGGAGUGCAAGGCCGAUAUGGAUAACUGGUAUCGUUUUGGAAGGGUGGAGGUCUCCUGUGAGGGCUACAACAGCCCUGAUGACCCGCACAUCCUAAAGGGAUCGUGUGGUCUGGAGUACACAUUGGAGCUAACUUCAGAAGGUCGUCAGAACAAGGGCUCAUCAAAGUUUUCUGAUUUUUCCUCUGGGUUCUUCGGUGGAGGAGGUGGUGGAGGCCAUUAUCAGAGUGGCCCUUCAGGAGACGGGUCAGGCAGUUUGGUGGUUGUUGCUAUCUUUUUGGCAAUCGCCUUUGCUGUAUACAAGAUGUUUCUUAGCAAUCCCACCAAUGAUCAUCAUGGAAAUGGGUCACAAGGUCCUGAUGGUACUGGAUUCAAUGCGCCACCUCCUCCUGGGUUCAAACCUGACUACACAAAUGAUUACACAAAUUAUGGUUCAGCUAAUCCCCCUGGUUAUGGCUUUGCGGACUCAUACACCAGACCUGACACAUCUGGAUUUGGAGGAGGAGUUAGGGGACAGGGGCUAGGAGGAGGACUUGGAGGACUUGGAGGACUAGGAGGACUAGGACAAGGACUGGGUAGAGGAAGAGGAGGAGGAUUCUGGUCUGGAAUGGGAACAGGAGGACUGCUGGGAUAUCUGUUCGGCUCUCAGAGGCGUGGUCCUACAGUGGGUCCAACAGGGCCGACGAACUACAAAACCUCUCCCCAACCCAGCACCAGCUCUGGAACUCGUACUGCCUCAGGUUUUGGUGGAACAAAGAAAAGAUAAAAAGUUUGACCCUUCAACACUGGUUUCCUGAAAUAGUGAAAUAAAUUCAGUGUGGCUAACAAUAAAUAUGUGUUGCUUGCUAGCAGUUAGUGAGACUUUUUGUGUGAUGAUUAGUAAUGCUAGCCUUUACACAGUUAGCAACGGUUAAUAUGAGGUAAACUAGUAAGAUUUAUAGUAAAAGUACUUUGACGAUCCAAAACAUUAAGACCAGUCGCCCACUGUCUAAACAGCUCUGACCUGCCGAGACAUUGAUUUCACCAGAUAUCUGAAGGAGAUCUGUGGUAUCUGGUACCAGGACAUUACCAGAAACAUUACUACCAUGGGCACUCUGACUGGAUAGUUACUAUACAGCCCCAUGUGAAGGUUUGAUGUGCUGAGCCACAUUCACCUCGUCACCAGGAUUAAAAUGACCUGCAAUUUGAGCCACACUUGGUCCAUACCAGACAUGAUAGCCGUUAUGUUCUCUGGUAUCAAUAAGCCUUAGCAACACAGCAAUCUGUCAGGGUUUUCUCUCCUCUGACCACUGUCUGUGGGUAAUCACUAAGGCUGCCUGUCUGGCUAUAAUGAUUUGGCCCUAGUUAAAGUCACUCAGUAUUUUUGCUGAUUGUACUUUUACAUUUACAUUUUCAUCAUUUAGCAGAUGAUUUAAUCCAAAGGCAACUUACAGUACUGUGACAGUAGAUUGUUUAAGCAAUUGAGGGUUAAGCAGUUAAGUGGUAACCUAGCAGUGGUGGGGUUUGAACCAGUGGCCUUUUGAUUUACUAGUCCAGUACCUUAACCACUAGUCUACAACUGCCCUGAUUGUAGUUGCUGCAUUGUUACACAUAACCUAUUGACAUUUAAUAUCCUUGUCUGUUGAAGCACAGUUGUUAUGAAAUUAGGCAUUGCUGAGGGUGGUCCUAUUGUUUUGGCUGAUCGGUGUAUAUAUUUUUAUUUUAUUAUGUAUUUUGUGUUCAGGCAGUUGUUUGUUAAUUUCUUUUUAAUUUAUGCUUUCUGAUAGUUCUGAUUUGCUGAAUUUGCACUGUGACAGGUGUAUUUUUUCAACAUUAUACCCUUUAUUUACUGAAUGUAAUGACUGCCUGUGUAUUUCUAUUUUCUUUCUGGUUUCAUGACAUUUAUGACUGUUUGGCUACUUAAGUAAAGUUGGUAUGCAUAUACUCAUACACAUUU